CAGUGCUCUGUGUCCCUUGGACACAGCGGAUCACCAGUCAACGGAAAAAGCCGAAGAUGUCGGCUCAGUCAUAGGGGACAUGUACACUGAUCAUCAGGGCACUGGUGAUCAGUGUGCCCUGAUGAUCUCUGUAGCCCCAGCAGUGCCACCUGUCAGUGUCCAUCAGUGCCAGCUGUCAGUGCUCAUCCAUGCCACCUGCCAGUGCCCAUCAGUGUCAAAUCAAUGCCACAUUUCAGUGCCCAUCUGUGCUGCUUUUCAGUGUCACCCAUCAGUGCCAGUCAGUGCCACCUAUCAAUGCCAGCCAGUACCACCUAUCUGUGCUGCCAAUCAGUGCCACCUAUCAGUGACAGUAAGUGCCACCUAUCAGUGACAGUCAGUGCCGCCUAUCAG